CCGGGCUGUCUUCCUGACGUGGUUGCAGGCGUCGUCGAACGUGGUGGCAGAGGUGCACGGAGGUGGGCGGCGGUGGACGUCGUUUUUUGUCUUCGAAGGACAGGAUGGACGACUGCGAUGGCGAUGGACCUGCUGUGCUGUCGACGACAGAGAAGACAGCUGUUGCGGCGGCUGCGGUUGCCGUUGUCCGUCAUUUCCAAAUUGAGAGUGCGGCCAGGCGCAUGAAGGCAGCGCUUUCGAGGCGACGGCAGAGGCUUCUGCUGCAAAGGGUGUUGGACGCCCCGGACUGCAUCACCACAUCCCAAGCCGUGGUUCAGCUGUGUGCUGCGAUCGGGUGCGGUUUGCUUCCUCGGGCGACACCACGUUGGUGGAUGCGGCGGAGAGCUGGCGGGACUUGGGAGGAUUUACGGGUGUGCGAUGACGCGACAGACGACUACUUCCGGGAAAAGCUCCGCAUGUCCAGGAGAGUGUUCAUGGAGAUCAGCGAAGCAUGUGCGCCUCAUGUGCAACGGCAGGUGACGUUUUACAAGGAGCCACUACAGCCGGAGCAGAUCGUCGCGUACGAGCUGUAUAGGUGGGCCACAGGAGAGUCUUACGAUAACAGCACAUCAUCCUUCGGUAUAGGCAGGACUUCCGGAGUUCGAGCCGUGCGCGAUGUGACAACCGCUAUUUUGAGGGUGUACGGGGACAAGAUAUCGUGGGCGACAGGGGUGCGGAAACAAGUCGUGCUACGGGCAUUUCUGGACAAGGGCUUUCCAAACUGCCAUGGCGCAGUUGACUGCACACACAUCUACGUGGACAAACUGCCGAACGCGCCGAGCGAGAACUACUUCGACCGCAAGCACCAUUUUUCCGUCAUUGCGCAGGUUGUGGUGGACCUGGAUCUGCGCGUCCUUGAUGUGUUCGUUGGAUAUCCGGGGAGCUGCCACGACAUUAGGGUGAUCCAGCUGUCAAGUCCGUUGAGGCGCGCGGAAGAGGGAUUGUUGUUUCGUGGGCCGCCUGUGACGCUGCCGGGAGAGGUGAGGACGAACGGAUACAUCUUGGGCGACAACGGGUAUCCUCCUUCUGAGUGGGUGGUGGUGCCGUGCCGAGGAAUCAAUCAGCACCCGGACGAGGAAAGGUUCGACACGAAGCAGAAGGUCGCAAGAAGGGCCGUGGAGAGGACGUUCGGGAGGUUGAAAGGGAUGUGGAGGCUCUUCCUGCGGACGCACAAGACGAACCUCGACAGUCUGCCGCAGCAUUUCACGGCAGUAUGCAUUCUCCACAACAUCAUACUCGAUGCAGGCAUCGAGUUCGACGAGAAUUUGUUGUGGGAGGUCGACGCGAACGGGGUGAGGCGUCGAGUGGACCUGGGGAUUCAUCGCCCCCCGCAGCCAGUGUCCAUAUUGACUUCGACGCGCGAGGCUCACGCGCUUCACAAUGCACAAGCGCAGCGGAUGAAACACGUUUGAUUCCAGCCAGCCGCCUACCUGUUCGUCCCGUUGAAGUCGUGUCCCGCCAUAGUCAGUC